UUUGUCGGUCGUGUUUUCUGUUUAUAUGAUUUGUAAAAUAAUUUACGAUUUAGAUCACACAAACGUUCUUAUUUACUGAUAACGAAUGUGUUUCAGUUUCAUUCGGAUAAGUGCUCUAUGGUGUGCUAGACGUGUCGUGAGUGACUUUGAGACUUGAAAGACUCAAUAUGGAAGAGGAAACUAUAGGGGAUUAUUUUCCGAUGUUUGAUGAACCUCCAAAAUUCGGGCUCAAGUUACCAUUAGAUCAUGUUUUUCCUUUGCAAAGUAAGCAGUCUAUUGUACCAAGACCCAAACAGAUACUUGAAAUGAUGCCUUUAACAGCCAGAUACUUGAAGUACUACAUGGGAAAAAAAAUACACAAAAAACGUCCUAUCAUGGAUUACAUUAAUAUGAUUUCUGCUCAAAGAAUGUAUGGAUGCCCAAUUGGAGGUAUAGGAGGAGGUACUAUAGGUCGUGGCUUUAAGGGAGAGUUCUGCCGUUUCCAGCUCUACCCAGGACUGUAUGAAUACAUCACAGUACCGGAAUGCCAAUUCAUAGUCAACAUCAGAAAUGCUAACAAUGAAACCAUUUUUCAGUCUGUCUUGUCUACCUAUGACAAACCGAAAAAAGCACCAGCCUCAUGGGAGUGGAAUCUGAAUGCUCCUGAUUGCGAAUACACCGGCUUGUACCCACGUGCAUGGACCACUUAUGAUUUGUCUAAAUAUGGAGUAAAAUUGGUCUGCAGGCAAAUAUCACCUGUGAUACCUCACAAUUACAAGGAUAGUAGCUUACCUUGUGCAGUAUUUGUGUUCUCAGCAAAAAAUGUGUGCACUGAAAAGCGAAAUGUGAGCAUUACAUUUACAUGGACUGAAGUACUGAAUGGGGCCAAUAAGAAGAAAUCGAUAGGAAAAUUGGACCUUGAGAGGUAUUCAGAAGAGUACACAUGUGGAGUCACCCUGGAGCAAAAGAUCUCAGACCAGCCGUGUACUUUUACAAUAGCGAAAAAAAAAGACGAGAAAGAAACGAUUCACGAAGGAUAUUGCCUAUGGAAUGCGAUUAAAACUUCCAAUUAUGUGUGGGAGUGUCUUAAAAAGCAUGGGAAAUUGUCUCCUGAUCCAAGCUUAAGUCCGCCUCCGCCAGAUAACCAUAAAACUGAGAAAAAAAAGAAUGAGAAACCACAGAAAAUUUAUAAAUGUGAUUCCAUAGGACUUUCAAGUACUAUAACCUUAGAUCCAGGGGGUACUGGAUGUACGGAGUUUUGCCUCUCGUGGGAUAUGCCUGUUAUUAAAUAUAAAAAGGAUCAAAAAGUUCACAAAAGAUAUUACACAAAAUACUUCGGCAGCGACGGCAUCGCGGGUACCUGCAUAGCGGCAUACGCGCUCAAAAACUACAAAAACUGGGAGAAGCAGCUUGAUGACUGGCAGGACCCGAUACUCAAUAAUAACAAUAUACCAGAUUGGUUGAAAAAUGCCUUAAUGAACGAGCUCUAUUACGUUGCGGACGGCGGGACGAUUUGGUUUGACGUCCGGGAAGAAUUCCCUGAUUCAGAUCCUAGACAUGAUUUCGGGCUAUUCGGAUACUUGGAAGGACACGAGUACAGAAUGUACAAUACGUACGAUGUCCAUUUCUACGCGUCUUUCGCUUUGGCUCAACUCUGGCCUAAUUUACAAGUGGUGCUUCAAUAUAUGUUUCGAGACACAAUUACAAUGGAGACAGAGAAAAGUAGGCGGUCGCUAUAUAACGGAAAAACUGUCAAAUUCAAAAUUAAGGAUUCAAUACCACACGAUUUAGGAGAUCCACACGACAGACCAUUCUCAAAGAUAAACGCCUACAACAUCCACGACGUGAGCGAAUGGCGCGACCUGAAUCUGAAGUUUAUACUGCAAGUUGCGCGCGACCACCGCCUGCUUCGGGCUUACUCCGCACCUUUCACGUCUGAAAGGUACCGCUCCAUGACGUAUAUAGACGACGUCAGAGACGGUACUGAAGAUGACCUCUAUGCUCGCUCUACGGGACAAGCCGACGAUUCCCGAACGCCUUCUGAAACGCCCGCGUCAAUCAAACAGCCCACUCCAGUUGCCAACAUUGAGAAGCCGCCUAUUGGGGAUAUUUUAGACCUACUGUACAGGAGUAUACCACAUCAGGCAGACGAAGACGUGCAGCAUUUACCAAGAGAAGCAACAGUCGCUGUGUGGGACAGUCGAAAGUACUUAGCUGAUAUGUAUCCGUCGUGCGCGGCUUUGUUACGGCGAUGUGCACAAUGGGACACUGAUGGAGAUGGUCUGAUUGAAAAUAGUGGAAGCCCGGAUCAGACUUUCGAUGCGUGGGUCAUGACUGGUCCUAGUGCGUACUGCGGUGGUCUAUGGUUAGCAGCACUAAGCGGUGUUCGCAACAUGGCACGUUUGUUAGGACUGGAGGACGAGGAGCGCGAAUUCGCCAAAAUUCUCGACCACGGUCGUCAUUCGUUUGAAGAGAAAUUAUGGACUGGCAACUAUUACAGCUUUGAUGUCAAGCCUUCUAAUAAAAACGUUAUUAUGGCGGAUCAGUUAGCUGGACAGUGGUUCCUCCGCGCCUCCGGAUUAUCAGACCCAGUGUUCCCCGAGGCAAAUGUAAAGAAGGCCCUAAAAACGAUUUACGAGAACAACGUCCUACAAUUCAUGGGUGGUACCAUGGGCGCCGUCAACGGCUGGGUGGCAGGUGCACGCGGCCACGUCGACACCACGGCGCUGCAGAGCGAAGAGAUGUGGACUGGAGUCACUUAUGGGUUGUCUGCUCUUAUGAUCUACGAGGGUAUGCACGAUGAAGCCUUCGCAACAGCUGGCGGUAUGCACAACACUCUCACACAAAUGGGCCUGUCAUACGAAACACCUGAAGCUCUAUACGCCAAUGGGAACCACCGUUCCAUCGCAUAUAUGCGACCCUUGUCCAUUUGGGGAAUGUACCAGGCAAUACUGACGCGUCCCCCACCCCUCACACCCGCCUCCCUUCCCAAUGGACUUGUUAACCAUACAGAUAAGUCAAACUCAUAGUAUUUGUUAUUACAUUAGUAAAGCAUAUUGAAUGGUAGAGCUUACAUAUUUUGAAUAGAUCCAAUCUUGAUACAUUUUCAAUAUAAAUACAAUUUCGGUAAAAACAGCGGCAUGAGCUUACGAAUACCAGGGAAGGUUUCAGCUACACUAAUAUGUUUAUACGUGUAUAGGAUUGGGAUGUAGCGACAGUGGAUCAAUUUGAAUUGAAGUAUACAGAGUUUGUAUGAUGGAUUGGGCCGAAUUAAGGCUGAAACUAUCUUAAAGAUAGGUUCCUUUUUUUCCUAUGAACUUUAAAGAUUAUAAUUGAGGGCAAAAAUUUCAUUAUCUUUGUUACAUGCAUCGUUUUAACUUUUAAAUAACGCUCGUUUAGUGAAUUAUUUUAAAAAUAACGACUAAAUCGAGCAGUUAUGAAAACAAAAUUUUAUCUUAAUUUUUGUUUAAAUAAUGUAAUGUUUAAGUGUCCCAUUGAAGUACGUGCAAAAAUUUUGAAAUUAUAAUUCGAAUACGAUCUGUUGACGAGUGUUCACGUUAAAUAUAGCCUGCCUUUUUUUUAAGACGGAGUAAAAUUACAUUUGUAGGGUUUGCUAGUUUUCAUAAAAUUUUAAAGAGUUUGUAGUUGUCGAUAGUUUUAUCGAUAGAUUAUGAAAGAAGAUCAAAUUUUGCAAAAGAAUUUACUGAAUUGUGAAUGUUACGACGUUCUAAUAUGUAUGUUUGCAUAUGCUAUAUUUUCCAUUUUUAUAUAUAUUAUUGCCUUCUUUAUUCUUACUUUGACAGUUGGCCUACUAGUACCG